CAUCGACAAAACAAGGGUGCAACAAUUUGGUUGUCAUUGCUUUCUCUUGCAAUAUCACUAUAGGUCAAUCUGUUUUUGCAUUCAUUGCCGUUGGUUUGAAUAUUUGGUUAGUCGUGAUUAAGAGUUAACAUCAUGUUGCGAUCGGUUGUGCGUUCUGUAGCCCGGCUUAGUGUCCCGGGAUCGCGAUCCUGUAGCAAUGCCUCUGAUAAACUGGUGAUCACCGAGGUGAAUGAUAAGACAGGAUAUGCCACAGUCACACUAAACCGGCCACCGGUAAACAGCUUGAAUUUGGAGCUGCUCACUGCACUGUCUAAUACGUUGGACGAUCUGUUGAAUAAUAAAUCUCGUGGAAUGAUUCUAACUUCGUCAUCGAAAACAGUGUUCAGUGCCGGGUUGGACAUAAUGGAAAUGUACAAACCCAAACAGGAGCGAAUGAAACAGUUCUGGACGACUCUACAGGAUGUCUGGUUCAAGCUAUACGGAUCGCCAUUCCCCACCGUAGCAGUUAUUAAUGGUCACUCCCCAGCCGGUGGUUGUCUACUAGCCAUGUGUUGCGAGUAUCGAGUGAUGUUACCCAACUUCAGUAUCGGAUUGAAUGAAACUCAGCUGGGCAUUGUGGCUCCCACUUGGUUCCAGGCAACGAUGCGUAACACAUUGUCACGUCGUGAUGCGGAACUGGCGCUCACUUUAGGAACGCUUUUCAACACCGAGGAAGCCCUCAAAGUUGGGCUAAUUGAUGAAAUUGCGGCAAGCAAAGAGGAAGGAAUUGCAAAGGCGACCAGCUUCUUGGACCGAUUCAAGAAGAUUUCUCCACAGGCAAGAUCGAUGACGAAACAAGCUCUCCGAAGCAAAGAUAUAAUGGAACUGGAGGAUAAUAGAUCACAGGAUGUUGAUCUGUUCGUGUAUGCCGUCACACAACCGAAGGUACAGAAAGGUCUAGAAAUGUAUCUGGAAGCACUGAAACAAAAGGCAGCAAAGUAAAAUUACCAUAGGAGAAACCUUGGGGCAUUUGAUUAUUUUUAUAUGAAUCAUUUAUAAUAAACUUCAAAAGAUAUACAAAUAUACAACACAAUUUUGAUCAAAUAGAUCUAGUAAAAUCGUA